AUGCCAAGUACGGAGGAGAUGGCAUCGGCGACUGCGCCAAAGCCACGACGGACGUUCUGUGUGCAGCUAGAUAGCAGUUUACCGGUAGAGAUUAACUUCAAGCAGCUUAUGAUACAAAGUGCAAGCCAAUCAGAGCUCCCAACACCCAGGACCAGCUCGUCAAACACAGUACCGACGAAUUCGCUGCCGUCAAUGGGAAAACCAGAGCUUAUACCGGCCACAACGCGCUCACAGCGCUUUAAUAUCAUUGAGCAUUUGGAAAAACGCUAUGGAGGUGGUUCUAUACUGAAUGAUGGUGAUGAAAGUGAUGUAGGUGGAGGCUUGGAUCGUCGAGACGACGAUGAUUUAUAUGACUCAGAAGACUCAUUCAUUGAUGACGCAGAGCUACAGCAGAAUAUUGAAGAUGUUUGGGGACAGAAUAAGGUAAAGACUAAGCAUUCGGGAUUUUUUGUAAAUGCUGGAGACAAGAUUGAGACGCUGGAGAAAGAAGAAGAUGAAGACCAAAUUAGUGGCGAGAAAGCAGGGAAGACGAAACGAGGCAAGAAGAGAAUGAUUGAUGGACCACAAGGGUCUUUUAUGAAGGAACUAUCAGAUGCUGCUAGUGAAUGGCAGCCUGAUGAAGAGGUAGUGAGGAGAUUGGAAGUAUUACGGAUGGCGGUACAAGAGUUAGCAGAGACAAUGCCGAUUCCAAAGGUUUUCCCAAGAUCGCUAGAUGAAUCUCUACGUGCGGUGGACAAAUUGGUAGUGGAAGCUCAUCCCAACAAGUGGCGUGUGACGGGAUAUUUUGCCACGCUCAUGACGUUCUUGCCGUAUACCAAGCAAUACUUGAAGUCGAAUAUGUUACGGCUGGAAGCUCGAGAUGUAGCACGAAACGAGAAGGAAAAACUGGAUACCACUCUUGAAACGCUGGCUCAGCAUAUUGCUAUGUACGAAGCACGGUUUACGUCAGAGUCAGCUGAUGCAAUCAAGGAGGACAUUGCUAAAGACAAGGAAUUGGGUACGAUGCUGCAUGCACUGUUGGAGCUUCAAGAUGAAUGGGUUUCCAAAGAAAAUGACUACCGACAAAUGUUGAAGACGGAAGACAAGAAGCACAUGAAGGAACCAGACUACAAACCUCUCAAUCAGCGCCAAGAACGCAAUCGAAUGUACAAUCGGGUUCUCGCACUAUUCACGCCUGGUUUGACAGAUCUACAGACCCUACGCGCAUUGAAUAAAGCCGCAAAGGUGAAGACACCGAAGAGACCUGCACAGCCAAAGGCACCUGUCAAAGGGGCUACCGUGACAGCUAAGAAGCCCACCGAGCCAAGUAACGGGACAAAUGCUCCAGUGAAACGAUCGAUAAAGCCAUUCAAGUCACGUAUGAUCGACGAAGUUCCACCCUUCGUAGAGGCCGACUUUGAGGAUGUAGAACAAUGA